AUGGUAUACCACGAGAGGAGGCGUAAGGCGGCACAAUGCGACGUAAAGCGGCACAAUACGACCUCUUACGACGAACCCAUUCCCAAGGACCCCUUCAAUCCUCUGCUCCUGGCGUAUGAAAAGAAGAAAAGGCACAGGCACAAAUAUGAAAGCACAUCUGGUGAGGAACCCAAUCCCGUUAGAGAAGAAAGACCAAAUAAGCCUAACCCAAAAGUGGACUUGCAGCACGUGAGGAAAAAUUUGUGGAAGUCUAAGGCGGGGGGUGUCUGCAUUCCUCAAAUAAGCGAAGAUGCAAACUGA